AGCCAUACUUCAGUAUUACACCGUAGUAACAAAAUUAUCAUUUUUGGGAUUGUUUUGUUUAUGUCGUAAAUAAACUUGUGUAUUAUUUAGCCUGAUUUCGAACUUUUCCAGCAGCUGUACUAUUAAAAUAAUAAGUGAAAAUGGACAUUGAAGUGGAAUUUCUAGAAGCCAAUGUAUGUGUGGUUUGCUUGGCUGAAAAUCCCAACUUGCUGGAGGUGCAGUUCGACGAACGGCAAGUUCCAACUAUUGGUCCCAUACUGGUGAAACAUUUAUGGUUUGAGCCAGAAGAACUACAUUACAAGCACAUCUGUGAGGAAUGUUGGAAUCAAGUAAAUCAGUUUCACAUUUUCUACUCUAGCAUGCAGAAAGCUCAUUCUAAUCUAAAAUCGUCAAUAGAAACUGUAGAUAUUGUCGAGUCUUUUAAAGCAGAGCCAUCGUCCUACACUCCCGAAUUCCAUGACACGUACUUGGUUGAAGUUGAACAGCCACAAAGCAUUGAUCUCAAACAAGAAGAGAAUGAAAACCUGCCUUUGCAGAAAGAAACAAAUGCCCAUAAUAGCCAGGAAAAGCACGACGAGCAUAAGGAGAUGGAAGAGGAAGAAGUAGAACAUGAAGAUGACUAUGAAGAAGAGGGUCAUUCAGAUUAUGAACCAAACGAGUCAAAGACUGGAUCGGAAAGUUCCGACUCUGACACCGAGAAAGCGAAAGAAAUACCCAAGAAAGUACGAAAAAAGCAAACAACUGGAAAAGUUUCAAAAACUGCUGAGAGAAACUAUAACAAAUCAAUUGAGCAGAUAGAAGAGGAAGAUAAAAAGAUCAGUGAUCACUGCAAGUUGCAAUGUGCAGAAUGCGAAACAACAUUUCCUCGAUUUUCCGAUUAUAAGCAACAUGCCCGAAAAGCUCAUCAGAUCGCACAUCCAGUGGUGAUUUGUUGCGAUCGCAGGUUUAACAAACGCAUCAAACUGCUGGAACACGCCACUAAACGGAUGAAUCCGGACGCGUUCCGGUGUACAUUGUGCGAAAAAUCCUACUGCAAUAGUCUGAAUUUGAGGCUUCACAUGCUGAGGCAUAAUCCACCGGAUGCGAUGAAGCACAAGUGUGACCAGUGCGAUCGAUCGUUUGCGAAAAGAUACCAGUUGACCGCACAUCAGCAGACGCAUGUGCCCGAGGACGAGCGAAAGUUUAUCUGCAGUACCUGCAAUAAAAGUUUUGCAACAUCAUCGCAGUUAAAUGUUCACACAAAAUCGAGACAUUUACCACCGGAAUUGUACAUCUGUGAAGUGUGUGCCAAGCAUUUCAAAACCCGAUCCCAAUUCGAGAAACAUCGCCUGGAGCAUAGCGAAUCGUAUCAGGAAAUUAGACAGCAGUGUAAAAUUUGCUCGAAAUGGAUGAAAAACGCUAGCAGUCUACGGAAGCACGUGUUACGCCACGAAGGAGAAGGCGAAAUUCACGAAUGUGAACUUUGCGGAAAACGAGCGCCAAACAUUCUAGCCCUUCAGAGCCACAUCAGUUUUGUCCAUAAAAAGGAUAAGCUAUACCAGUGCACACUUUGCCCCAAGGCGUUCAAGAGACAAUUCACCCUCGUAGAGCACAUGACGACGCACACCGGUGAAGUACUCUAUAAAUGCACAUUUUGCUCGAAAAGUUUCAAUUCUUCCGCAAACAUGCAUGCCCACAAAAAGAAAACGCACCCUCAGGAAUGGGAAGCAGGUAAGAGAAUAAGUGCGUUACCUUUCGCCGGUAUUACUGGAGCAGAAUAUCUAAGAAGUGAUAUUUAAAAUUAUUGAUUGACAUUAGAAAAUUUUUAUGAAAA